UAAAAUGUCUGACGUAGAAAUUGUUGAGGAAGAUGAAAUCUCGGAUCAGUUGAGCUCAGAUUAUCCAACUCAGUUGAACUCAGAUUAUCCAACUCAAAUUAAGAAAAUUGAUUCCGAACUCAGGUCUGUGAAGCUCCAGAUCAAGAUGUUAGAGGGGAGGAGGAGAGGGUUGGAGAGGAAGAGGAAUGAGUUGAUAGAAAAGCAGCAGGAUGAAGAGACCGAGAAGUUAAAAGAGAAGAAUUGGGGACGCCAGGAUUUCGAGUGGUCUUCCAGACUUGACGCUGCACGAGUAAAUGUGUUUGGACUGGACAAUUAUAGAGCUGAUCAGCUUCCUGUUAUUAACGCCAGUAUGAGCGGUCAUGACGUCCUUCUCAUUAUGCCAACAGGAGGGGGAAAGAGUUUAACAUAUCAACUUCCAGCUGUAAUCUCAGAAGGUUUGACUCUGGUUGUUUCACCGCUAAUAUCUUUAAUGGAAGACCAACUUAUAUCUCUCCAGACUCUUGGUGUAAAUGCUGCGGUUUUGAACAGUUCAACAGGAAAGGAAGAAAAAUCUAGAAUUCUCAAAGAAAUGUCGAACAGUUCUAGUAACCUGAAACUACUCUAUGUGACCCCUGAGAAGUGCUCUAAAAGCAAGCAGUUUAUGACGAAAUUACAGAAACUAUAUCAAAUGGGGAGAUUAGUGAGGAUUGCUAUAGAUGAAGUUCAUUGCUGUUCACAGUGGGGACAUGAUUUCCGGCCAGAUUACAAGUUUCUAGGAGCCAUGAAGGGAAUGUUCCCUGAGGUUCCCGUUCUAGGUCUAACAGCAACUAGUACUGCUAACGUUACAAAGGAUGUAAAGGAGAUAUUACGGAUCCCGAAGGCGAUGGUUUUCAUGGCAGGGUUUAACCGUCCAAACCUUCAUUACUCUGUCAGAUUAAAACCUGAUCAGGCCUCUACCAACUAUUCAAACCUGGCGGAAAUAAUAGGGGUCGAGUUUAAAAACCAGAGUGGUAUUAUCUACACAACAACAACAAAGGAGGUUGAAACCUUGACAGAUGAGCUUUGCAAGUUCGGACUUAAAGUUGGCUCAUAUCACGCUCAGAUGGAACCUGAAGCCAGAAGUAAAGUUCAUCGACGAUGGCUGAAAGGUGAAAUCCAAACUGUAGUAGCUACUGUUGCAUUUGGAAUGGGAAUAGAUAAACCUGAUGUGAGAUUCGUCAUUCAUAAUACAUUAUCCAAAUCAAUGGAGAACUUCUACCAGGAAUCUGGAAGAGCAGGAAGGGAUGGAAAGCCGGCCAAAUGUAUUUUACAGUUCAGGCUAGGUGAUGUAUUUAAGCAAAGUACAAUGGUGUUUACGGAACAAACUGGUCUAGACAAACUUUAUAGCAUGGUCAGCUAUUGUCUUAACACUGCGAGCUGCAGAAGGAACUUGAUUGCGGAACAUUUCUUAGAAAGCUGGGAACCCGUUCCAUGUAAUAAGAUGUGUGACAUCUGUGAGGGAGAAUGCUUAACUAGCAAUGAAGAGGAAAUAACAGAAUAUGCCCGAGCUAGUGUUCGGAUCCUCGAGGAGGCCAAGAAGAAGGAGGUUAGGGUGACCGGCCUCAAGCUGGUGGAGGCUCUGCAGGGCAGGGGGGCUAACAACCUCAAAAUAGAAGGAUGGAAGGGAGGAUUUUCUAAAGACAAGAUUGAAAUGAUCGUCGCCUAUCUUCUGGUUGAAGGAUUUAUCAAGGAAGAUUUCCAUUUCACCCCCUACUCCACCAUUAGUUAUUUGGUUGUUGGGGGUCGGGAAAUUCGAAGUAUACUUGUAAAUUUGCCUGAGACUGAUACUCUACAUCGGAAUCCGUCAAAACGAGGAGACGAGAAAUCCGGGAAAAAUAAAGAAAAAUCCGCUAAAAUUUCAGCCAUCCAAGAAAAUAAAAAUGGCGGAUCAGGAAACCAAACCAAACCCAAGAAACUGUCAAGCAAACGGGGUCAUUCUAGUGACAGUGAUGAAGAUUUCGAGAUCAAACAAAAAGUAUUAAAAAGUUCAAUUGUGAUCAGUGACAGCGAAUAAAAAGCUGAUUAUAUUUAUAAUCAUUAUGAAGUUAUCAAGAAAAUAAUAAGGAUUUUGAGAUAAAUAAUUAUAUCUCAAUUCAAGAAUUCUAAUCAGAUGAAAAUAGUAUUUUAUCGGAAAGAUCUCAAUAACAAACCAAAUUGAAAAGGUUAACAAUUUCA